AUGAAGAUGUUAACCAAGUUUGAGUCCAAGUCUUCUAGGGCUAAGGGAAUUGCUUUCCACCCAAAGAGACCAUGGGCAUUAGUUUCUUUACAUUCCUCAACCAUUCAAUUAUGGGAUUAUAGAAUGGGUACUUUAAUUGAUAGAUUUGAAGAUCAUGUGGGUCCAGUUAGAAGUGUUAAUUUCCAUCCUACUCAACCAUUGUUUGUUUCUGGUGGUGAUGAUUAUAGUAUCAAAGUUUGGUCAUUAAAUACUAGAAAAUGUAUCUUCACUUUGAAUGGACAUUUGGAUUAUAUUAGAGGUGUUUCUUUCCAUCAUGAUUUACCUUGGAUUAUCAGUUGUUCAGAUGAUCAAACCAUUCGUAUUUGGAAUUGGCAAAACCGUCAAGAAAUUGCUUGUUUGACUGGUCAUAAUCAUUAUGUUAUGAGUGCUCAAUUCCAUCCAACUGAAGACUUAAUUGUUAGUGCUUCAUUGGAUCAAACUGUCAGAGUUUGGGAUAUUUCUGGAUUGAGAAAAAAACAUAGUGCUCCAACUUCAUCCAUGAGAUCCUUUGAAGACCAAUUGCAAAGACAACAAUUACCUCAACAAGAUAUUUUUGGUAAUGUCAAUGCUAUUGUUAAAUAUGUUUUGGAAGGUCACGACAAAGGUGUUAAUUAUGCUUCUUUCCAUCCAACUUUACCACUUAUUGUUUCUGCUGGUGAUGAUCGUGUCGUCAAAUUAUGGAGAAUGAGUGACACCAAAGCAUGGGAAGUCGACACCUGUAGAGGUCAUACUGGUAAUGUUUUGAGUGCCAUUUUCCAUCCUCAUCAAGAUUUGAUUUUAUCUGUUUCUGACGAUAAAACCAUUAGAGUUUGGGAUUUGAACAAACGUGUUCCAGUUAAACAAUUUAGAAGAGAGCACGAUAGAUUCUGGCUCAUUGCUUCUCACCCAACCAUUAACUUGUUUGCUGCUUGUCAUGAUUCCGGUGUUAUGGUGUUCAAAUUAGAGAGAGAAAGACCAGCCCAUGCUAUUUUCCAAAACAAAUUGUUUUAUGUCAAUGGUGAAAAACAAGUUCAAGCUUAUGAUUUCAACAGACAAGAAAACUCCUUGCCAAUGUUGUCUUUAAAGAAGAUUGGUAAAGCUUGGUCAUUUAUGAGAACUUUGUCAUACAAUCAAAGUGACAACUCUAUUUUGGUUGUUCAUGGUGAAGGUGACAAUGGUAAUUAUGCUUUGAUCAACUUGCCAAAACAUGUCACAGGUGCCAUUGAACCAACUGAUAUUAGACAAGGUGAAGCUAAUUUUGCUACUUUUAUUUCUCGUAACAGAUUUGUUACUUUUAUCAAGUCUAGUAAAACUUUACAUGUUAAAGAUAUGAACAACAACAUUACCAAGACCAUUCAAUUAGAUAGCUCUGUCAAUGAUGUUUUGGCUGGUGCUCCAGGUAGAAUCUUGUUGGUUAAAGCUCAUUCUGUUAUCAACUAUGAUGUUCAACAACGUAAAGAAUUGUCUGAAAUUAAUGUCAACAAUGUCAAAUACGUUUCUUGGUCCAAUGAUGGUCAAUACUUGGCCUUGUUAUCCAAACACACCAUCACCAUUGCUACUAAAGAUUUGGAAUUGGUUACAUCUAUGCAUGAAACCAUUAGAAUCAAGAGUGCUGCUUGGGAUGAUACUGGUGUUUUGUUAUACUCCACUUUGAACCAUAUCAAAUACACUUUGUUGAACGGAGACAAUGGUAUUAUCAAGACUUUGGAAAACACUUUGUAUGUCACUAGAGUCCAAGGUAAUUUGGUUUACUGUUUGAACCGUGAAGGUCAAGUUGAUGUUGUUACUAUCGACCCAACUGAAUACAGAUUCAAACGUGCCUUGGUCAACAAGAACUUCGGUGAAGUUUUGAGACUUAUUAAGAACUCCACAUUGGUUGGUCAAAAUAUCAUUGCUUACUUGCAAAAGAAAGGUUUCCCAGAAGUUGCUUUGCAUUUUGUUCAAGACCCAGAAACUAGAUUUGAAUUGGCCUUGGAAUGUAGUAACUUGCAAGUUGCUUUGGAACAAGCCAAGAUUUUGAACAACAACCAAAUUUGGGAAAAAUUGGGAGAAGAAGCUUUACUGCAAGGUAACAUUGAAAUUGUUGAAUUUGUUUACCAACAAUUGCAUCUUUUUGAUAAAUUGUCUUACUUGUAUUUGUACAAAGGUGAUAGUGAAAGAUUAAACAAGAUGACUACUAUUGCUGAACAUCGUGGUGAUGCUUCUGCUUUAGUCCAAAACACUUUGUACAGUAAUGAUGUUAAAAAGAGAUGUCAAGUUUAUAUCCAAAGUGGUAUGUUGCCAUUAGCUUAUACUUUAGCUAAAUCCAAUGGUUUGACCGAAUUAGCUGAACAAAUCUUGCAAGAAGCAGGUAUCAGUGAAAAAGAUGUUGAAUUGCCUGAAUUGGGUGAUGACGUUCCAUUACCUCAACCAAUUGCUGAACCAAUUGGUAACUGGCCAUUGAAGGAUUCUGAAUUGUCAUACUUUGAAACCGCAUUGAUUACUGGUAAUGUUGAAAACUUGAGUCUUGAAGAUGAUAAUGAAACUGACAAAUUUACUGAUGCUACUAGUACUCCAGCUGCCUACUUUGAUGAUGAUGUCGAAGGUGAAGCUGAAGAAGAAGAUGCUGGUGCUUGGGAUUUGGAUGAUGAUUUUGAAAAUGAUGAUGAUGAAGAGCAAGCCAAUGCUGGUCAAGAAGAAGAAGGAGCAGGUCCAGUCUUUGCUUCUAGUGCUGUUGACAACGAAGUUGGUGAUUGGGUCCGUAAUGCCAAGACACCAGCUUCUUAUGUUGCUGCUGGUGCUUUUGAGCAAGCUGCUUCUAUGUUGAAUAAGCAAAUUGGUGUUUCUAAUUUCGAACCAUUGAGAGACAGAUUCAACCAAGUUUAUCAAGCUUCUAAGUUGUAUUUACCAGGUAUGGAUGAAUUACCAGCUAUGAAGACAUACAUUAGACAAGAUAAUGAUGAAGAUAAUCCACGUAAGUUCAAACCGGUUAUUCCUGGAUACGACCAAUUAAAGGAUCAAUUAGCAUUGGGUUUCAAGCAAUUCAAUGGUAGACAUUUAGAAGAAGCUAUUGAAACUUUUAGAAGAAUUAUCUACACCAUUGCUGUUAUUAAUGUUUCUGAUGAAGCCGAAGAAACUGAAUGUCAUGAAAUCUUGGGAUUGUGUCGUGAAUAUAUUCUUGGUAUUUCCAUUGAAUUGGAACGUCGUAACUUGCCACCACUGGAUGUUAAACGUAAUUUGGAAUUGGCAUCUUAUUUCACCAGAGUUCAAUUACAAUCUGCUCAUAAAGUUCUUGCCUUGUAUGUUGCUAUGAAUUUAUCCAACAAGAAUAAGAAUUAUGUCAUGGCUACCAAGUUUGCUGAAGAAUUGUUGGAAAUCACUACUAGUGGACCAAGAGCUGAUCUGGCCAAAAAGAUUUUGGAAAGAGCUGGUAGUUUUGGUACUGAUGCUAUUUCUAUUGAUUUCAAUCCAGAUGCUGAAUUUGAUAUUUGUUGUGGAAGUUUCACUCCAAUUUAUAGUGGAGAACCAAGUGUUACUGAAGCUGUAGUUGGAGCUAAAUAUAAUCCUGAAUUUAAAGGACAAUUAUGUAAGAUCACUAACAUUACAGCUAUUGGUGUUCCAACUUCUGGUUUACGUAUUAGAGAUUAG